AUGUUUAAAAAAGAGCAAGUCCCCCCGCCCGCUGUCCCGCCGCCGAGCCGCCCGUCGCCCAAGCAAAAGCUCAAGAGCUCCGUCCAGCGCUCGCUGCGCGGGUCCCUCCUCGCGACGUACCCGCUCCUGACGCCGCACAUCGACGAGAUCCUGCCCAAAAAGGCCUCGCUGUCCAGCAUGAAGCUGACGGACCGCAACACGCUCUACGUGCUCGACGCCGAGCCCCUCUUCUACCAGCAGGACGUGUCGUCGACCAUCCUGCCGCACCUGCGCCUCGUCCACCGCUUCCCCCAGAGCUUCCCCACGAUACGCAUAGACCGCGGCGCCAUCCGCUUCGUCCUCUCGGGCGCCACCCUCAUGGCCCCCGGCCUGACCUCCAAGGGCGGCCGCCUGCCGCGCGAGGGCGCUCACAAGGCCCCGCUCGAGGAGGGCAAGGAGAUGGAUCAAGGCGUGGACGAGGAGGGCCGCUGGAGCAGGGAGCUGGCCAAGGGCGAGCCCGUCGUCAUCAUGGCCGAGGGCAAGGAGGAGGCCUGCGCCGUGGGCACCCUCGUCACCGCCACCGACGAGGUCAAGGCCAAGGGCAAGGGGCCCGUCGUCGAGGACGCGCACUUUCUCGGCGACGGCCUGUGGAAGCUGUCCACGGAGUGA